AUGGUACAGGAAAUCUUGGUGCAUGCUGCGACAUAUGCAGUUUUGGCAUUGGAAUUUGUCUUGAGAAAUAGCAUCAACUUAAUCAUCAGAGCCAAUGAAAAGUAUCCAGAUGCAACGUCAACUGUGGUCAUCAUUGUUGGAUCCUACAUCAGCUACAGGGUAGCCAAACGUGCGAUUCGAUCUUACAUUUCAUUUAUCUAUCUACUAGUGAAAAUAACAUGUGUUGUGGGAUUUGUUGCCGUGGUGAUGGCAUUAUAUGGUAAUGGCCUUAAAUCCCAUUUGGGAAACUAUGCAAGUCAGUCCUUUUUCAAUUUGCUCAAGGGCCAGGUCAAACCGGAUGAUGCAGCUGAUUACUUAAAUUAUAUGAGAGAGAAAUUCCACGACCACUCUGGUUCUGGCUCAGGAGCAGGCUCUACUGAGUCAAAAGAAGAUAUACAAAAAUUAGUAGAAGAAGGGUUCAACUAUUUACAAAACAACGUCAACUUGGAAGACUUAGGCAGCAAUUUGAAAGAUAUCUUGGGUAAAUUUCAAUAA